UGCGAGGAAAAUUCCGAGCAGCAAACGAGAGCCCGCAGCCCUUCGGCCCGAUUUGCCGAGAAGAGAAGCCGAACAGUAGCCGAACCGACCGGACACACGGACGAACGAGCUGCUUAACAUCAGCAGGGAAGGGUUUUUAGGAAAUGGGGAAGGCUGCGAUGGCCAAAAUAUAAUAAUGCCGGGUCGUAGGGAACAUUCCUUCACACGCUCGGGCCCAUCUCGGGCAUUCAGUCUCGACGCUGCACGGACGGACGGACGGACGCAAUAUUACAGCACAAUCGACCACAACGACGAGGACGACGUGUUGCGAAUGUCGCAUUGGAUUUUCGCCAUCAAAGGCGGCCGUUGGUUGCUAGCACGCUUGGUCACGGUCUAGGCAGGCAGCAGAAAUAGGUGGAAAAGGGAAACGUUCUGCCAGACCUCGGGGAGGGAGUGGGAGCAAAAUUUAACUGCGCACGUGUGUGUGUGUGUGUGCAUGUGAAGUGAACAUCGUGAACGCGGAGCCUUCUUGUGGGUGUUUUGGCUAAAGCGAGGCCGACGGAAAAAGCGAAAAACCAAACGUGAAAAAGCUCCGUCGCAAAAGCCCCCCUUUUUUCCAGGCAGGAUAACAUAACACGAAUGGGGCGUUGACGUGUGCGAAACCCCAAGAUCAAAGCGUGUCCGUUGUGGAUAGGGGUAAUCUGUGAUAAUAAAUCGGUCCUGUCGGGAUUGGACCCUUGAUUCGAUGUUUGAUGUCGGGAAGGCAGGCGUGAAAAGUGCGUGAAAACUGUGUGUGUGAUAUCCAGUAGUAGACCAUACGGACGCCCCAGCUCCCAGCUGUGGUUAUUAUUACAUCGCCCUUGUCUGCCCUGAGAAACAGGAUGCCGACAGGAUGAUACUUCCUUGUUGGUAAAUGUUGCCCCCGCCGUCCCCGUACUUGGCACCGUGCCAUAUGACCAGUGGACCAGUGCACACGCCAAGUGCCCCGGGGAGCCCCACAGCAGCAGCAGCUAAUCGAUAUUCGAGCGGGUUCCGGUUGGCGAGCGAGUAGGAUAGAGCAGGACAGCUUGCAACACCAGCGGCCUCUCAGUUUUGUGCCGAAGCCAGUGGCACGAGGAGUUUCGGUGUCGGAAUUGACUCGUUUGUAUGGUCACAUAGAAAAGCAGAAAAACGGGGAGAUUAUCUUGGGAGUGCCAAAAACUGUGUGUGCGUGUGGAAAGUUUUGCGCGACUUCCGGUAAGACGGUUUGUCGAUUAUUCGUAGCUUAUCGUUGUCUGGCAGGAUUUUGUGAAUAGAAACAUCAAAACGUAUCCAGUCAAAAUCACAGCGUGCGUGUGUGGUAUUGAUUCAACAGGACAAACACACACACACAUACACACUGUUCCGAGAUUUUCGGUCCUGAUUUGGAGUUAAGGACUUCAUCAUCAACAACACCCGACGGAACGGACGGACGACGCUACUAACCGUGUCAACUGGUCCGGUACCCAGUAGCCAGGCGUGUGACACAAGGCAUCCGCUCUGCGUUUAUUCCAGACAACUCCACCCCGGUGCGUCCCGAACUCGAAUGGCGUCACAGAAAAGCACCGCCUCCACCUCCACCACCACACCGGCGCUAGCGGUAACGAACCGUAUCCUGCGCUCGCCGUCGCACGAAAGCUUCUCCACCGACCUGUCCCUGAUAUCGAUUUCCGUGUCGUCCAUGAACUCGGAGGCGACCAGCGUACUGAACCGGUCCAGCUGCAGCCUGCUCAACCGCACGAUGGAGGAAAAGCUCGGCAGUCUGCUCAAUCCAAAGGAUAGCAAAAGGAAUCGUAGGUCCUCCACCCUGACCGAGCGCUGGAACGAAAGUAACGAUCUCAUCCGGAACUGUGCCACACUGUCGGCCGCACUGGGCAUCCACAAGAGCUUCAGCACGACCGACAUCUAUCAGCUGCCCUCCGAUCAGCACCAACUUGGCCGUCUGUCCUCGUCGGAGCUCGCGCUCACGCCCUUCCAGAAGGUCGGGUACCUUUUCGAUCACUCCCGGCUGGAGCAUGCGUCCCGCUCCUACUCGACCUGGGUAGCGGUCGGUGAGCUAGCGUCCACCUCGCAACUUCCCUCCCCGCACGGUGGCCAAUCGUCCGGCCAGGUACCGACACUGACCACGACCAACCCGCCCGCACCGAGCUUCACCGUAACGGACCUGAUCAGCUCGGUCAACAAGAAGAUACGGCAGAACUACAUCCGCCGCCGGCUGUUCACGACCUACCGUGCGCUGGAGCGACUCUCCCAGAGCGAGUUCAACCUCGACCGGCUAGAGGCGGCCGCCUUUGCCGCCACCAAUCCGGGGCCAACCGAGCUGAUCGUACCCUCGACCAGCCUGUCCAAUGCGUCCGCCUCACCCGUGGGUGGAAAAUCGACCAGCUCACCGGCACCACCGGGUGGUGGUGGUGGUGGUGAGGCACUCGCGGACCAUCCCGGUAAAAAGACAAGCGGAGGUGUUGCUCGCGGUGUACACCACGGUCCGAAGAAGCAUCUCACCUUCCACGACAUUGAGAACGAGCGGGGCAAACCGCUGUCCAAGUACGAGCGGCACAUGCUGAUCUUCAACUGGCUGCACACCAUCGACGAUACGGCGCUCGAGAUCGAGAACUGAUCGCCGCAGGAGCUCCCGGGAGGAGGAGGAGGAGGAAGAGGAGGACGCGACCCAAGUCUCUUCUGCACAAAAGAGUAAGAUUUAUUUACCCAUACUCACACAAAGAGAGGGAGAGAGAGGAGGAAGUAAAUGAGCCCAGAAUAAGUCCUCGUCCCCAGCAAGUUUGUCUCGUCCUGCUUUUACAAAGUGUCACAAAGUGCAUUCGGAGUUCGUGCGUGUGUUGUAGUUUAAUUGAGGUUUAGCUGAUGUUUGAUGGAAUGGUCUUUACGUGUACUCUUCACUUCUGUAAGGGGAAAGCUUCUUCUCUUUUGGAAUACUUCUUAUUAACUGUGUUAUUUUCUACUAAUCAGUGUGCAAUCAAGGGAAUACCUCCAAUGUAGGAAAAACUACUUCUAUACGAUAUGUGAUGUCUUCUACGUAACGUAUUAAGUUAUAUUUGCUGUGUCUCUUAGGAUUUUAGUUGAUCGGUUCCAAGAGAACUCCUGUUUCUCUCUUAUUUUUUUGUAAAUUAAAGGCAAAAGUGUAUAUGUAUCUGCUUAGCACUCUUGUCCUUUUUCACCGCAAACACAACCAUCUACAGUAAACGAGAAUCGUCCCCAAAAAAUAUGAUGCCAAUUAAGCAGUUCAAAACGAUACAUAUAAAAUGUCUUCACAAGGACCGAAACCACGGGCGUAUCAUACACCCAGAAUACAUAUGUCUUCUUGAUGGUUAACGUUUAACACUCCCAAAAUACUACCACAGUUACAGUAAAAACCAAUUAUAAAAAAGACUUAUCACUAAAAAAAAGACAACCAAAACAAACCAAACAAAAACGGCAACCCAAACAGCAGUAACGUAGAGUGUAGUAACCGUAACGCGCAGUAACUUAACGCUUACUAAGAGGGGUAACGCGCUUGUUCGCUCGCUAUAACGUCGCUAAGCGUGUCUGCAAUGCAGCAACAAAACAUUAACAAAUAAACGCAUAUAUUUUACGAAAAGGCUCCCUUUUCCACAUAUGAAUGUGCAUGUGGUUUGCUGCUGAAUAAUAAGCGCAAAGCGAGCCACAACCUUGUCACUGUUGAACGUACUAAAGUACUAUAGUAAAGGGUAUAGAGACGCGGAGGCCUGUGUAGUGUGAGCGCUCUGCAGGUCAUCGGUGUUAUCGGUUACAGUUUUCCCGUUGUUGCCAUCGAUGUUUUUACUUGUUGUGAAGGAUUACAGGUUCUCAGAUCGUUCCCCCCGUUCCCUUAAUCGUCCUAAAUAUGCGUGGUGGAAGCAUGCACUAGAGAUCCACUACCGCGCAGCAAUCCCCGCCAUAUUUUGCCAUUUUUGCCAUCGUUUUUUCCACAAACGAACCACACGUCGCUGGUGUUUUGAUACCGUACUUCUUUACAUUAAAUAGACUUUAAAAUCGAUUAGAUAGAGCAGAUUUCACAUUUUUGGAUGGUAGAAAGACGGCGGCGGCAGGAGCGUCCGUGACAUGUUAAGUGGCUUUUUGCUUCAAAGUGGCAUAAUUUUAAACCUAACGAGGAACCAAUAAAAAUAAAAAUAUAAUCAACCAAUAUGGCCAAUAAUAGGCACAGCGAGUGUGACGAUGCAGCUUAAUGGUGCGAAUUGAUGAUGUGAGGCAAAAUAGAAUGAAAGUAUUGGCGCGAUUAGUAUAGGUUUUGCUGCAUGAAAGCUAAACGAGAUAAAGCAUUACACACUAGAAAAAAAGACUAGAAUGAAUAAGAGACAGUUUGGUCAAAAAGAGAGCGGAUGAGCUUAUGUUGGUUGUUCGCCUGGUGUCGUAAAUCGAACCCAUCCAUGUGAGCAUUAUUAAAUGUCGUAUUAUGCUGGAACAAGUUUUACAGGCUAUCGUAUUGAAAAAAAAAACAAACAAACAAACAAAACUACCCUUAUAAUACUGCAAAAAUACCAAUCGCGUACCCCGUGUAAAUAGGAAUCACUUAAAAAUAGUGGGAAAAACAAUUCUAACAAUAAAUUCUUACAACAUUCAAAACGGUGGUCUCAUCGGAUGUGUUUUCUCUUCUCUGUCGCUGUGCUGUAUCACAAAUAAUAAUGUGAGAUUUUUAAUCAAUUUAUUUCCCAAAAUUCGAACGUCGUUUUUUGUGUAGUAUAAAAUAACUCCAACAGCUGCUACAAACUGUCCCUAUCGGAAAGGUAGGUAAGCGCGUGUACUUCUCUUCCCUUUCUGUCUGUGUUCUGUGUUUAGCUGUUUAUGUCUAAAAACGUCUCUUGUCUCACACUUUAUAAUACUUUGUAUUGUUUUGCAACUAUCGCUCUUCUACUACAGCUUUUUUGUUGUUGUUAUUGUAGCAAUCGCACCUAAUACAACGAUUACACUCUGUUCGGCACAUUUCGGUUAUAUGUAUAAGUGUCGGUGUGAUUGUGUGUGUGUUUUACACACACAAGGAAUGUUUCCUACUACCAGAGGAGAUUCUAACCCGAUCGGACAAGAGGAAAACAGGAGACAGUCUCAUAAAGUUUCUCAAAAACCAGUACAGUGAGCAACAGAUUGAGCGCAAAAGCGAAAAAAGGUCUAAACCCGCAUUUUGACUGCUUUUUUUCGUGCAGUCUUUGUUAAUUGACGUAUUUGUGUGGGGGGUAGUGGUGAGAUAAAGCUAGCCAAGCUCCAAUACUUUCUUCGGAGUGAAUGAGUUUCGUUCGUUUCGGUGUUUUUGUUUUAUACAUUUGAAAUACGGGAAAGGCCACAGAGGUUAAUAUCUAAUACACGUUAAAAUACGCCGCACUAUCAGCAGCUCAACACUACACUGCACCUGCACUAAUUGUGUAAUAACAACGUUUCGUUUCACUCGCGAUUCUUUAAAUAUAACAUUUUAACUGCAAAGUGUUACUUAACUCUCGCGUUCGGUGUUAUAAAAAUGCAACUUUUCAACUCCUAAUACGUAACGGUAAGCGGGAUUAUACAAAUGUUAAAAACAAAACAUAUUACAGAAACAUAUCCUAACAAUGGCCCCUUUGCUGUUUCGCUUGCCAGUUUAUACGCGGAAACCAUUUACGUUUCUUUAUUGGUUUCGUUUUGGGGAUCAAAGAAAGAAGGGAGAUUAAUGUUAAAAGUUUAAUCCGUGCAACUAAAUACUGGAAUGUCGUAGCUAAAUACUAGGCUCAUGUGUUACAGCUACCAGUUGUGUUAAGCAGAUUCAAUUGAUUCGUCCGAUUCGUACGUAGUGUAACGCGUUACACCCUAAGUAACACGUCGUUAUUGUACGUGUAUCCUCAAUGUUUCGAUGUCGCUGGGUAAACUAUGUACAGCAAUAAUUCGUUUAAGAUGAAACCAUACGUAACGAACAGAAGGAAAGCGAUUCUUUUCGCUUAACAAUCCUUUCACUUUCCGCUAAAAACCCUUCCCACAAAUAAAUGCAACAAAAUGUCUUACUCACACGGGUGGUUUGCCGCGCCCAUUACUGUUCUCAUGCUCAUAUAUGCUUUACGAGCAUUCGUUUUCGAUGUGCAAAACUCCGUUUGCCGUUUUCCGCUU